ACUGAAAAUUACCAGCUCUGGGUAGUUCUUGUGAAAAUACAGUUUAAAAAGUCGUCUCCUUGUUGCCUUCCCUUCCAGUGACCCCCUGUCUCCCAUCCCCACGGAUGCGAACCCCCCGAUGGCACCAGGAAAACCAACUGGGAAACUCCAGCGCCGGGAAUCCGAAGGGACACAAAGACUGGGAGUAUUAAAUCUGGGAACACCUUGCCUCGACACGCUGGGGGUUUCAGAACCCGCUUCGCCCCUGCCCCUGCACAGCGGCUCCCUCGGAAAAUCAACUCCAGCUCUCCCUUCAGCUCCGGCAAAUUGUAGCCUGGUGCAGGAGUAGGCAACAGGUUGAAGGGAAUUCCCGGGUUGGAGUGUUGGGAAACACAGUCUCACCAUCCAGGCUGGGAGCUCAGUGGCUGCUCCUCCUGCCCCGGCUGCUCCUGGGCUCCUGCGGGGCAGAACUCAGAGGGUUCAUCAGCGACGACGCUUCCCUGGCCACCAGCAGGUGACAUGUGAAGGCAGCGCCCGGCACCGGGAGCGGCAGCAGCGGAGAUGCAUUCCAGCCACCUCGAUGAUCCCAAGGAAGCCAUACAGCUGAUCAAGAAGCAGCUGGUGAAUGCCAUCAAGGCCCUGCAGAAGCAGUACGUGAGCUCGGACGCCGUCGUCACCAGCGAUGACGGCAAUGCCAACACGCUCUGCAGCGCCCUGGAAGCUGUUUUUGUGCAUGGGCUGAAGGCCAAGCACAUCAAGGCACAGACUGGGGGGAAAGGGAAGAAAUCAGGGGGUCGAGGACCCCUUCCCCAGCCGGUCUUUUGGGGCCUGCUGAAGAGCAUCACCCAUCGGAAUAUUGUCUCGGAGCUGGAACAGCUCAUGUUUAUCAACACAGAUGUGGGUCGCUGCCGUGCCUGGCUGAGGCUGGCACUGAACGAUGGGCUCAUGGAGUGUUACUUGAAGCUGCUCCUGCGGGAUCGCUCCCGGCUGUCCGAGUACUACCAAGCGCCCGCUCUGCUCCUGGACGCCGAGGAGUGCGAGUUUCUCCUCUGCUACUUGCAGGGUUUAUCGUCCCUAACCUUCGAGCUGUCCUAUAAAUCAGCAGUUCUGAAUGAGUGGACCAUCACCCCCCUGUCCCUGUCGGGCCUGUGUCCCGUUUCGGAGCUGCUGGAGCCCCUCACAUCCGAGCCCCGCAGGAAAGCGUCGCUGGGUUCCAUCUCGCAGUCGUCGGGGUCGGACGAGAUCGAGAUCCAGCCCUCGGCGCUGCCCAUCGGCAAAGCCAGCAGCAAGAUCAAGCUCACGUCGUCCUCGCUGAGCCUGAACACCACGAGCUCGUCCCAGCUCUCCUCCAGCCUGGGCUCGGACAGCAUCCCGCCGGCCCCCUGCGCCCGCAGCCCCGAGCGCAGCGAGGAGCCGCUGUCCUGCGACUCUGACCUGGGCACGGCCACCGCCGAGGACCUGGACAGGUCACUGCAAGAGGUGUUGUCCGAGUUCAGCAAAGCCCGGCCGAGCCCGGAGGCUCCGGAGGGACGGCUGGUCCCCAGCGUGCUGGGCUGCUCCCCCCGGCCGCCCGCGGGCCCCCCGGCACCGACCCCCAGAGCGCACCAGGAACCACCCCCCGGCACCAACAGCUCCGCUCCAACAGGUGACACAGCACCCACCAGCCAUGAGGAGGGAGAUGCUGGUGGCACAGCCAGCGUUCCAGCCCCACGGAGGGAUGGUCCAAGCAGAGGGGAGCGCGGCAGCGGCGAGGGCAGCCUGGCAGUCCGGAGUCCCACGGCCGAGUACCUGCUCUCUCCCCUGCUGGGCUGUCCGAAAAGAAAGAGCUGGAUCUCAGAAGAUGAUUUCUACAGACCUUCCCCAGGAGAGAGCAGUGGGAGCACAGCUGACACCAAUGGCUUCGGGCCCGAGGGGGACAGUGAGGGGCUGGCCCCGGGGCUCAUCAGUGCCCUUGACUUGGAGAGGCUCUCGGUGCCCUCCUCGGAGAGUGGGAAACCCAAAAUGUCCCCAGAACGGGAGCAAAAGGGCUUCAGUGUGGUGCACCGCCGGCAGAUGGGUCUUUCCAACCCUUUCCGAGGGCUCCUGAAGCUGGGCAGCCUGGAGCGCAGGGGAGCCAUGGGCAUCUGGAAGGAGUUCUUCUGCGAGCUGUCGCCGCUGGAGCUCCGGCUCUUCCUGGACCACGAGGAUCGGAUCUGUGUGGAGAGCUACUCCCUGCUGCGCUGCGAGUCCCUGGCGCUGACACACUCCGACGGCCGCUUCGAGCUGGUGUUCCUGGGGAAGAAGCUCUACCUCCGAGCCCCUUCUCGGGACGAGGCCGAGGACUGGCUGGACAGGAUCCGAGAGGCGCUGCACAAGUGCCGGCCGCAGCUGGAGGAGGACGAGUGGGAGACUCUGGAGUAUUCCGAGGAUGGAGGUGAAGCCCAGCCCGUCCAGGGUGACUCCAGUGCUCUCCAGCACAGCGACGUGCCUGGGAACAGCUUGGACUGGACUCCAGCCCACGAGCCGGAGCUGGAUGCGAUAAAAGAGGCUGUUCUGUACAUGGACCUGGACAAAACCUGGGUCCCUUUCAUUUUUUCCCUGUCCCUCGAAACUCUGAAGUGCUUUAAAAUCAGGAACAAUGACAAAAUUUUAAGCAACAGUUACGGCAUAGAGACCAUCCAGGACAUCCUCCCGGACACGAGCCUGGGGGGACCCGCGUUCUUCAAGGUGAUCACCUCCAAGGCUGUGCUGAAGCUGCAGGCUGAGAACGCAGAGGAAGCAGCCUCGUGGAGGCUGUUGGUCCGAAGGGCCCUCAUGGCCUACCUGGAGAGCGCAGAGGAGGCGCUGACACUGGGUGGGAGCUUGGAUGGGCACUCCCAGGUCGUCCUGAAGAACAUCGUGAAGGAAAACGGCUUCUUGCUGCAGUACCUGGUGGCCAUCCCCAUGGAGAAGGGCCUGGACUCUCAGAGCUUCAUCUGUGCAGGCUGCUCCAGGCAGAUUGGCUUCUCCUUCGCCAAGCCCAAGCUCUGCGCCUUCUCCGGGCUCUACUAUUGCGACAGCUGCCACCGCGAUGACGAGACCGUGAUCCCCUCCCGCCUCAUCCACAACUGGGACCUGACGAAACGAGGGGUGUGCAAACAGGCCCUCAAGUUCCUCUCCCAGAUCCGUAACCAGCCCCUGAUCGACCUGAAGCUGGUCAACGAGAGCCUCUACGAGCACGUGGAGAGGAUGGGGCGGAUCCUCCGGAGCAGGGAACAGCUGAAGCUGCUGGGGGAUUACCUCAUCAUGUGCCGCAGCGGCGCCCUGAAGGAGCUGAGCAAGCGGCUUGAUCACAGGCAUUACCUCUUGGAGUGUCCCCACAAAUACAGUGUUGCUGAUCUGAGGCAGAUCGCCGACGGCGUCUUCGAGACCUUCCUGCAGUCCCUGCUCCAGUUCGCGUCCCACCACGUCUACAGCUGCGACCUGUGCACCCAGCGCGGCUUCAUCUGCCAGAUCUGCAACAGCAGCGACAUCAUCUUCCCCUUUGAGUUCGACACUACCACCAGGUGCAGCGAGUGCAAAACCGUCUUCCACCGGGACUGCCAAGCCCGGGCCACGUCGUGCCCGCGCUGUGAGCGCCGGCAGCGGUACCAGCAGCGGCUGGAGGCCAGCACAGAGCCCAGCCUUUAGCCCCCAGCACCGACCUCAGCGCUGCCCUCGGCUUCUCAUCCAGCCAGAUGAGCCCCAAGGGAUGGGGAUGGCAGGAGGCAGAGAGCACAGACCCCCUGCCCGGGAGCCCAUCCUGCACCUGGCCCUUCUCUGGGGACAGGGACAGUGUGGGAUGGGGACUCCUGUCCUGUGGGACCCUCUGCCCACCCAGGACUGAGCAGGGCGGGUGGAAAGGUCCAUCCCUCCUCACACUAACCAGGUGCUGCUCCCUGCCACCCUCCUGGUGCCAAUGUCCCCUCCCGGUGGAACCCAGCAGCUUUCCCGGGUGUCAGUCCAGAUUUCCAAUCAAGGAUGUGGAGAACUGACGUUGAUCAAAGCUCUAGUUUUUUAAGAUGUUCGAUACUGAAAAACUGGUAUUUUUUUACGUGGGGGUUUUGCACAAGCUGGGCUGCUCCGGGGUGACAGAGCCGCGCAGGGAGGGGACAGAGUGACACUUGUGCCUUUAGGGACCUGCGCGCCCGGGGGGGACCGUGGGCACCCCGAGCAUCUCCCGCUCAGAGAGCCCACCCAGCGCCGUGGGAGAGCCACGGGCUGCUCCUCCCCCCUGCUGCUGCUGCUCAUCCUCGGGAGAAAUUUUAUUUUCCUUUAACCCCUCCCCGUGCAAAAAUAAAGUUUAUUUAACAACUA